AUUCAUUUCCUUAUUGCAGGUACGUGACCUUUAAAAUUAUAUAAUUUUAUUUGGUUGUCCUAUUUGAUAGUUAUAAGGUUUUUAUGUAUUUAUUUUUAUUUUUUAAUAUAGGUUUGGGCUUGGGAGCGCAUUAUACCGAUGCAGCCACCAUGCAGGGCUCUUCCGCCACACACGGCUCUUGCACGAAGGUGGACUCAUCGUAAAUCCCACGAAAAUGAGGCACGUGAUGUUUUACCCAUAUGUAGGGAUGUAUUGGACAACCUAAUAGAUGGCCAGUUUGUGUGGCAGCCUUAUUCAGAGGCCAUCAUCAACAGACUCCCUGAGUGGUGUCUGCGUGGCCGAGAUAUUUGGAUGGCGAAAGUUCCCCUUAUUUGUGGGAUCUAUCGAGAGUGGCACAUGGUAGACCGCGUUCUCAGACAGUUUGGUAGGAAGCAACAUAUUCCGGGUCCAUGUGCAGAGAUUUAUCCUUUUCAUUACAAACGUGACAAGCGGUAUGCUAUAAAAGUGGAGGAUCAAGAAUAUUUUACAGAAACAGACUUUUUGUGGGGAAAUCGUCGAGAUAGUUUAAUUCAGGCCGAGUAUGAAACUCAAGAUCCACAGUCACUAUCAGAGUAUCUUUGUUGGUAUCGACGUCACUCGCGCACUUUCAUAGGAAAUCCUGCGCAUAAAGUGGAUAGAGGAUACCAACACAUGGCAGGCAGGCAUGAGGCACUGGUACGUACAUUACAUUCCAUUAGAUGUUUGAUGUCUUUAUAUGUGUCUUAGACCACUAUCAAAUAUCGA